GAGACAGACAGACGAGAACUGAGCCGAGGAAACUAUUCUUCAUCCAUACAGGUGUCAGAGAUCAUCCUGACCAAAGACAUGAUUUCACUGAGCAGCUGUCAGACGCUCCUCCUGAUGGCCGUCUGUGGCGUCUUCUGCUGCAGGACUCUUGCACUGCCUGCCAUCUCUGCAUAUCCUGGCAUCAGACCAGGUGCUCUCGAUGAAGACGGAGAGGACGACUGGACGAGAGACCCGUCACUACAGGAUCUGGAGGCGUAUAAACUCCUGUAUGAACUCGUAAACACCGUUGAGAGACCAUCCAGACACGCUGAUGGACUGUUCACGAGCGGAUACAGCAAACUGCUCGGCCAGCUGUCUGCUAAAGAAUAUCUGGAGUCUUUACUUGCAAAGAGAGUCAGUGAUGAGCUGGGUGUGGAGCAGAUGCCUGUGAAGCGUCACUCAGAUGCUGUCUUCACAGACAACUACAGCCGCUUACGCAAAAAGAUGGCGGCCAAGAAAUACCUCAGCUCUGUUCUGUCAGGAAAAAGGAGGUGAUGCACUCCUGUUCAGACGCUGUGCUCUUCGACGUGUAAGUGAUGUGGACGCACAGCUUCAAGAUUUCGCCAUCAUUAUAUAUUCAAGCUUACACAAUCUAUUACAGCUGAAAUUGAGUUAAGAGCACUAAACACAACACAAACUGAACGAGCGUGUCAGUGAAUGAAUCAGUGUGAAUGACACGUCUGUUUGUUGUUGGCUGACUAAUGCUGUUAUGUCUAGAGGAAUCUAUUUUGACUGCAGUCAUUCUUGAUUAUUGAAAUCAAACCAAUUAAAAUGAUCAUGUUUGUAAAAA